CGUGCCGUGUUGCAUGUGGAGGAGGCUAGUUCCCGUGGAAAAUGUCCAGGAGGCGACCAGAAACGUGUGACCUCCAGACGCUCCGGGAGGAGAUAAACAGGCGGCUGGUGGCGGCUGCGCAUGAAAUCUUGGGAGUGUUCAGAGCGAGAAAGAGGAGGCUGUCGGACUUGAAGGAACUGAAGGCUUUGGUGAAGGAGCGCCUGGACUCCGCCGCAGAGGAGAUCCUGGGGGUUUUUGAAAGGCAGCUGGCGCAUGAGAGUCAGCAGUCCUCGGCGGCCGACACAGAGAAGCCCCGCUCAGAUCCGAUGCAGCUUGGUGUGAGAAGCGGAGCUGAUGAAGAGCAAAGACCCUCACAGCCUCCUCAGAGCCACAUGGUGGAGCCCAGAAACACAGAGCCUCUUCUAGGAGCCUCCACUGCCAAAACCAGCACAGAGAAGCCCAGCACGGACUGCCAGCCACCCACUCCAGACUGCUCCGCUGCUGAGGAGGACGAAGAAGAAAAUGAUGAAGAGGCAGCUCCUCACUGCUGUAAAGUGUGUGGAAAAUCUUUUGACAGGAAAGGCUUUUUGAUGAAGCAUGUGGAGAAGCACUCCAAGGACCCAGGGGACCUCUGCGGGUUGUGCGGAGAGCGUCUGGACUGCACUGAAAGUCUGAAACGGCACCUGCAGACCCACAGAGAGAGCAGCCGGACGUGUGAAGUCUGCGGUAAAAAGUUUCCCUCCAUCCGAGCCCAAGAAACACACUUGAGGCUCCACACGGGGGAGAAGCCGUUCAGCUGCCAUGUCUGUGGGAAGGAGUUCAACCAGAAAGGAAACAUGAUGACACACAUGAGGAUUCACACCGCUGAGAAACCAUUCAGCUGCGGGGUCUGUGGCCGAGAGUUCGGUCACGCGGGCUCCUUGGAGCGACACAUGAAGGCUCACAUCGGCCAGUUGCCUUUCAGCUGCAAAGUUUGUGAAAAAGGAUUUGUUAAGAGCACCGAGCUGAAGAGACAUGCGAGGGUACAUGCAGCACCAGAACCGAAAGACAACCACACUCCAGACAAAUACAGCAAGUCCAGCCUGGGACCUUUCCACGCUUGUAAGGUGUGUGGAAACGCUUUUCACAAUAAGGGCAACUUUAUCCGGCAUGCGGAGAGCCAUGUUAAUGAUCCAAACAGCUAUUGUGGCGUUUGUGGAGAAAAUGUAGAGACACCAGAAAGUUUGAAACUUCACAUUCAGAGCCACCGAGAGAGCAGCAGGAUCUGCCAUGUCUGUGGCAUCAGCUUCCGCGAUAUGGAGAUCCACAUGAGGACUCACACUGGCCAGAAACCUUUCAGCUGUAAGGAGUGCGGAAAAGACUUUCCCAGGAAAGGCUCUCUGGAGAGGCACUUGAAGCUCCAUGCUGGGGAGCGACCAUAUAUUUGUGAAUUUUGUGGAAAAACAUUCAUUGAAAACACGGUCCUGAAAAGGCACAUUAAGAGCCACACAGGUGAGAAACCAAGAAUUUACUCAUGUGAUGUUUGUGGCAAAAAGUUCACCAUGAGUCAACACUUAGAUGUGCAUAAGAGAAUACAUACCGGGGAGAAACCGUACAGCUGCCGAGUCUGCGGCAAAACCUUCCGGCAGAUCGGCAAUUUGGAUUCCCACAUGAGGAUCCACACGGGAGAGAAGCCGUUUAUUUGUAGCCUCUGCGGCAAAAGAUUUCGGCAGAAAGUGUCACUGGAGACACACGAACGUUUCCAUAAGAAGGAGAAGCCGUUCAGCUGCCAGCUCUGCCAGAAAGGCUUUGUCCAGAAGAUAGAUCUGAAGAGACACAUGCUGACCCACACAGGGGAGAAGCCGUUCAGCUGCCGUGUCUGUGGGAAAAGAUACCAGGAGAAAAGAUCCCUGGACUCCCACAUGAAGGUCCACAUGGGAGAAAGACCUGGAAAUGAGUCCGCUGUGGUACCAGGCCUGGGAAGACAGGAGAGUCUUCAUACAGACUUCAUCCAGCUGUGAAGUUCAGUCACAUUAUCCCAACAUUUCAGGACAUCUAAACCCACGGACUGGACAUCCAGAAUGACAGCAGCUCAUCUUGCAGGCUGUCUGUCUGUGUGUUGGACGUGACGUGGAACUAAGCUGAUGUCAUCAGGCUCUUCCUGUCCAUCAUCGCUUCCUCCAAAACUGAACUCAAAUAACACUUUCAAAUGUUCCUGGGUUUUGAAAUAUGUGGAUCUUUUUUUGUGGAUCACAUUUUGAAAUAUGUGUUUAUAUUUUAAGUUUGUUUGGUUGUUUUUAUUAUUAUUAUCAUUAUUAUUAUUAUUAUUAUUAUUAUCCACAGAAAUCAUCUGG